UUAUUGUGAAAUUGAAAAUUGUAAACAAAACGCAAGCUUAUAUUGCGUGCCCGUUGAAAUUGUAUUUUUGCGCUAUUUAAGGAAAUUCCUUUUAAAGUUAAGUAGCAUUUAACAAUAAGAAACCAUCUACGAGGUACCUUAAUAGAUAUUAGACUACAACAUGACAGCCAAAGCCAUUAAAGACGGUAGCACAGAAACUGAUUAUGACCUGGAGUCGGAAAUCGACGACUAUUUGAGGCGCCUCUUCUACAUGAAACCGAAAGCGGAGUCGCCAAAAUGCAACCCCUAUAUAGUGGAGUUUUUCGGAGUGCUCAGCUUGACCGACUUGCGAGCUCCGGAGCGCAAACUGUGGGUCAUUUACUAUUGCAAACAGCCGGAACUGGACAAAACCGUGGAUGAGAUUCACCAGAAAUACGGCAAAAAGAACAUGUUCGAUCUCUACCGGACGCCAGUGUUCAGUGGAGCCGCUCUGCGUGCCAGCGUGAAGAAACACUUCUCGGAGCUGAAGUGGUUUACCACUGGCAACCUACUGGAGGCCCCACCCAAGAGCCAUUUCAACGACGAGCGUGUUGUCAAGACCAUAUCAGAUCUGCAUCACCUGGAGCAGCAGCGGCUUUACAACUAUGUUAUGGUGAAGAAUAUGUGGGCUAAGCGGUAUAGGUAGUCCUUGACUAAUCCUGUGAUUUAGCUUUAACUUAAAAACUUUAACUUAAGAAAAUAUACGCA